AUGAAGACCGUCGUCGCUCUCUCCCUGGUCGGUGCUGCCCUAGGGGCGCCCACCAAAACCAUUGAGAACCGCCAGUUUGGCGGUCUGGGUGCUCUAUCCUCCCUCAUCCCAAGCUCCGGCAGCGGUCUCAGUGGACUUGGUUCACUGGGAGGAUCUGGCAGCGAGAGUGGUCUGGGUGCUCUGGCCUCUCUCCUGCCUAGCUCUAGCAGCGGCCCCGGCGACCUCAGUAGUCUCGGUUCCCUUGGUGGAUCGAGCAGCGACAGCGGCCUGGGUGCGCUGGCGUCUCUGAUUCCCAGCCUGGGCUCAGGUCUGAGUGAUUCCUCCUCCAGCUCCGGUAUCAGCAGCUUGCUGGGAGGCCUGUCUAAGCGGCAGCUUACAGGCUCGAUUACUGCUAACGACGUCAUCGAUAAGGCUAGCUGCAAGGAGCUUACCUUUAUUUUCGCUCGCGGUAGCGACGAACUAGGCAACAUGGGUUCGGUCGUUGGGCCCCCCGUGGCUACUCAGUUGAAGUCAUUGACUGGCAACAAGGUCAAUGUUCAGGGCGUGACAUAUGCUGCGACUGCCGAAAGCAACGUGGCACUUGGCGCCAAUGGUGGCCCUAUCAUGGCGAACCUGGUCGAGACUGCUCUCAAGCAGUGUCCCGAUACCAAGGUGGUGCUGGGUGGUUACUCGCAAGGCUCGAUGGUCGUCCACAACGCCGCGUCCCGCCUCAGCGCAGAGGUUACCGGUGCCGUGCUCUUCGGCGACCCCUUCAAGACUCAGGCCGUUGGUAAGCUAGCCAGUGGCAAGGUCAAGGAGUACUGUGCUAGCGGUGACCCCGUCUGCGAGAAUGGAUUUAACGUGAUGGCGCACUUGUCUUAUGGCAGCGACGCCAAAGAAGCAGCACAGUUUCUCAUCGAGGCUGCCGGGCUUUCGACUUCCUCCUGA